AUGCGUAAUUUCACCGGAGAGGAUAUAGGAUUAGCCGGGAAUUUCUCCGGAAUCGGAGAGACUCUGCUCUGUUCACGUCGAUCUGCCUCACGGAUAUUCAUUUGCAGACAAGCUCAGAAUCUUGGGUAUUCUCCAGCGUCAGGGCUCAUGAGUUCUCCAUCGUCCUCGUGCUUCGGCGGUGGUAGCAUAUACGGCGGAGUUACGGUGAGGUGGGAGUUUGGCUACGAUACGACUGAAUUUUCAAUUUUAUUUUAUCAGUUCAUAAAAUUUGUUGUCAAGAGGAAGAAAUCAAAUCACUCAGGACAUCGAUUUCUUCACAGCUCAAAGCUUUGGAAGAGAAUCUCGAUUCCGACGGUGAUUCUUUUGCCAUUUCGUAGUAGAGAUGAACCAGAGAGAGAGAAAGAGAAUCGUAUGGUGCAUCAAUGGUGA